AUGCCGAGUUUUGCAGAGAUGAAGUGUAUUGAGAUCCCGCUACUACAGCACCACCAUGCAGUUCAUGAAAUUUCAUACAUUGCGAAGGAUAUCACAGACCAUCGAGCGUUUGGAUAUGUGUGUGGAAAGGAGGGAAAUCAUAGAUUUGUGGCAAUAAAAACAGCCCAGGCAGCUGAACCUGUCAUUCUGGACUUGCGAGACCUGUUUCAACUCAUCUAUGAGCUGAAACAAAGGGAAGAAAUGGAAAAAAAGGCACAAAAGGACAAACAGUGUGAACAAGCGGUAUACCAGACAAUUUUGGAAGAAGAUGUAGAAGAUCCUGUAUACCAGUACAUUGUGUUUGAGGCUGGACACGAGCCAAUCCGUGAGCCUGAAACGGAAGAAAACAUUUAUCAGGUUCCUACCAGCCAAAAGAAGGAAGGUGUUUAUGAUGUGCCAAAAAGUCAACCUGUAAGUGCUGUUACCCAACUAGAGCUUUUUGGGGACAUGUCCACUCCUCCCGAUGUAACCUCUCCCCCAACUCCUGCUACUCCAGGUGAUGCCUUUAUCCCAUCUUCAUCCCAGUCACUUCCUGCUAGUACAGACAUGUUUGGUUCUGUACCGUUCAGCACUGCUGCCGUACCCUCAGGUUAUGUUGCCAUGGGAGCUGUUCUGCCCUCGUUCUGGGGACAGCAACCACUUGUUCAACAGCAGUUGGCCAUGGGUGCUCAGCCUCCAGUUGCUCAGGUGAUGCAGGGAGGACAGCCGAUAGCGUGGGGCCAACCCGGUAUUUUUCCUCCUACUCAGCAACCGUGGCCAUCUGUAGCUGGUCAAUUCCAACCAACUGCCUUCAUGCCAACACAGACUGUUUUGCCUUUACAAGCAGCCAUGUUUCAAGGUACCAUUGCUCCUAUAGCUACUGUUCCACCCACAAGUGAUUCCAACAGAUCGAGUCCACAGACAGACAGGCCCAGACAGAAAAUGGGAAAAGAAAUGUUUAAAGAUUUCCAGAUGGCUCAGCCUCCACCAGUGCCAUCACGAAAACCAGAUCAGCCUUCCCUCAGUUGUACCUCAGAGGCCUUCUCAAGUUACUUUAACAAAGUUGGGAUGGCACAGGAAGCAGAUGAUUGUGAUGACUUUGACAUCUCUCAGUUAAAUUUGACUCCUGUGACUUCCACGACACCAUCUACAAAUUCACCUCCAACCCCUGCACCCAGACAGAGUUCUCCAUCAAAAUCAUCAGCGUCUCAUACCAGCGAUCCUGCUGCAGAUGACCUCUUUGAGGAGGGGUUUGAAAGCCCAAGCAAAAGUGAGGAGCAAGAGGCUCCUGAUGGGUCUCAGGCCUCAUCCAACAGUGAUCCAUUUGGUGAGCCAACUGGUGAUACUAUAAGUCCACAGGUCGGUAGCUAGAUAGCGCAGGUUGGGGUAGGUAUCU